UAAUCUUUUACGUUAAAACCCUUACAACAUAAUCUACGUUUUGCUCAUUACAAACACACAAGCCAUACCCCAAACGACCCUCUGGUUCUUGGUUGUUUAUGCGACCAUUUACCGUUACACCAGCACCCGACACCCGACAUAGCUUGAAUUGUUUAUCCAAAAGCAACAGGCAACACGCUCUAAUACGCUUUCACCUUCGAACCCUUCGAGCGAUGAGGGGAGGGGGGGGGGGAAUGAGAAAGGGAGAGAGCAAAAUCAAUUGCCCGCUUAUCGGAUGAGAUAUUGAAACACCCGCCCAUCGCCCGUCUCCGUGAUUGGGAAUCGUGGCUGCCCAUCGGAAACGUCCCCAAAAUCCCAACCCAAAGCGGGGAAUGAGUCCCUGAACGAAGUGGGGGGUAUGAUAGUUAUUACACUUCGAUACCGAUACCGGAGUGGUGGUUUGCCUAUCGCCCAAGGGUCUGGCUAUCGAUAGGCCCCCGGUCCGGAUUCACUCUACAGACCUUCUACUAACCGAGCAACAGACGACCCACACGGCCGCCCGAACGCUUGGCUGUUACGUGCAGAAAUUGAACAUGGACUUUACCGUGUACGACUAUCCGCGUGAGAUUUGGCAGCUUAAGCCCGGCUGGGAAGUGGCCCUCAAAACGAUCACCUUCCUGCCCCUGGUACUGUUCGGUGUGCUCGGCAAUGCCGUCCUGUGCUGUACACUCGUCCAGAUACGUGCCCUCCGGACGCCAACGAACCUGCUCAUAGCGAACCUAGCCGUCGCCGAUCUGGCCACGCUCGUCAUCUGUCCGCUGAUGUUUAUGUUUCACGAUUUCUACCAAAACUACGUGCUCGGUGCGAUCGGCUGCCGGACGGAGGGUUUCCUGCAAGGUUCCCUUCUCAUCACGUCCGUCCUAUGUCUGUGUGCGAUCAGCUACGAUCGGUUGACGGCGAUCGUGUUUCCUAAGCGCUCACGCCUUACCAAGCGCGGUGCGGUUGGGUUGAUUGUCGCCUGCUGGGUCGGGGGCUUUCUGCUCGCCCUGCCGCUCAGUCUGUACCGAGCGUACCGGGAGCGCCAGUGGAAGAACUAUCUCGAGACGUACUGUGCGGAAAACACGACCUUUCUACCGAGCUACUGGCACGUUCUGAUCGGCGCACUCGUUUGGUUUCCGCUGCUGGUAAUGUUCUGCUGCUACAGCCUGAUCUUCCUCAAGCUGGACCGGUACGAGCGGCGCGUACUGCGCAAGGAGCAUCCGAUCUCGGUGUCGUACAAGCGGAAGGUAGCGAAAACGUUGUUCAUCGUGCUGAUCGUGUUCGUGCUGUUGCGCAUACCGUUUACGACGCUCGUGUUUGUGCGCUACAAUCGCUACCUGAACGACAAUCAGAAUCAGAUUGGCAACGACUUUCUCAUCCUCUGGUACGUCUCACACUACCUCAUGUACCUAAACGCUGCCCUUAAUCCGCUCAUCUACGGCCUGACGAAUGAAAACUUCCGCAAAGCGUUCCACAAGAUAAGCCUUUCCCGCCUGCUGUGCAUUCCCGCUCUGGCUAGUCGCGGUCGCUCGUCGGCUGGAAAGCACCCAAAGCACGCCCGCAACGGAAAGCGUAACAUGGGGAAACUAGAUCCGGCGCUUGGCAUUGCCACGAUUGGUGGUCGCUUGCAGCCCCGGGCACCCUGCGGCACGAACGACAAAAUGGCCAACCUGUCCGGAUGGGUACUGUGUCCAGCGGGGCACGGUGGACCCGAUUCCCAGCCAACGAGCCCCUCGAAAGAUACCAAAACUUCCCACCUCAAGCUUACGACGGACACGUUCGGCGGCGGUGAUUCGGAAAUGCCACGCAGUACGACACUCGUUUCGGACGGAUUUAUGUGACGCAGCAGGGGCAGUGUUGUCGUCAGUGUACUGGUGUGUAUGUCAAUAAAAAGUGCCUGUCUGUGUA